AUGAGACUAAAUACCAAUAGAAGAUGGCUACUGCUACUAAUUGUACCUCAAACGAGACGACUCCAUACUCAAAUCAAAGCCAAUGCCAAUGCCAAUGCCAAAAGCAAAUUCAAACUUGAUCCACUUCGAAUUGCAUUCUUUGGCAGCGACCAUUUUAGCACCGAAAGUUUGCGUCAGAUAAAAAGUCUACAUGAUCAGGAUAGCUCCUUGAUUGACAACAUCAAACUAAUCACCAGACUGCUUAAACCAACGGGUAGGUAUAUGAAAUCAGUUAGCGAAUUGCCCGUUGGCGUAUUUGCAAAAGAAAACCAAAUUGAUAUUCUUCGAGCGGAUACGCAAGAAGAUAUAAUAAACUUUUUACAACUGAAUUCGUUCAAUUUAGUCAUUGCCGUGUCUUAUGGAAAACUUAUACCAGCAGAAUUUAUUGCAAAGUGCAAAUAUGGAGGGCUCAACGUACAUCCUUCCUUCUUGCCCAAGUAUUCAGGCUCGUCCCCCUUACAAUACGCGUUGCUCAAUGAUGACCAAGAGACUGGUGUCACGGUCCAAACUUUACAUCCUACAAAAUUCGAUCAUGGUAAUAUCGUUGCCAAAUCCCAUGCGGUACCGAUUCUUGAAAACGAUAAUUAUGAUAGUCUAGCUAAAAAGCUUGGAAGGAUUGGAGGCGAACUUUUGGUUUCAGUGAUCAAAGAUGCAUCGUUUGUAAACCCAAAGUCAAUCUUAGAAUUUGGAGAGCAAAAACGAACUCUUGCACCUAAAAUUUCCAAAAACGAAAGUCAAGUUCUUUGGUCCGAAAGCUCAUCGCGACAUAUCAAAAGACAGUUUGACGCGUUGGGUCCUCUUUUCACUUUUCUAAAUGUAAAGAUUAAAAGGAAAAAGCAAACUAUCGAGGAGAAACAGCGUGCUAUAUUGUACAAUGUCACAGAAUUGAAAAUGGAUCCUGCGGUUGUUGCUAAACAGCACAAUUUAACCAAACCUGGCGAUUUUACGCUUGUUAAAGAUGGUUUGUGUAUCAAAGCCAAUACCGGAUUUAUUUUGGCCAAGGGGAUCAAAAUGCAAGCAAGGGCAGAAAUGACCCCCGAAACAUUCAUAGGUUCGUAUCACAAAUAUGCAGGAAAUGUGCCUCAACAAUUCAUCAGCACUUUGGAAGAGAAUAAAUAA